UACAAACACAGACAGUUGGAGAGAGAGAAGGAGAGAGACAGAGAGAGAAGGAGAGAGGGAGACCAAUCCGUACACCAGGUCGAAUUGUGAAGAGGAGAGAGGCGAGACGUACUUCUUUCUGCAGCAGCUUUGAAACCAAAACCAACUAUGGGACUGAGAGGAGGGAGUGAAUGAGAGCGAGAGAGAGAGGGAGAAGGGCAGCAGCUGAGAAUGUAGCAGAGGGAAGGAAGAGGGAUCAAGACAUGGGUUCUGAGGCAGUGGAGGACUGUGUCCAGGGAGCGCUCUCCUCCCUCUACCCCCCCUUCGAGGUGACGGCCCCCCCUCUUCUCUCGCAGGUCUUCACGGUGCUGGAAGGCACGUAUCGACACGACUCGCUCAGAUACCUAGUUGACUUCUUCAUCCCUGCAAAGCAUCUUCUGCAGAGAGUCCAACAGCAAGCCUGUUCUCAGUAUGUGGGGUUCCUCUUCCUGCACGAGGGCUGGCCUCUGUGUCUUCAUGAGAAGGUGGUGGUGCACCUCUCAACGCUGGAUUGGAAGAACCUGCAGCCUGGAGACUUCUAUCUGCAGGUGGUCCCCUUCUCAGCCAGGGCCCCGAGGCUGGCUGUCAAGUGCCUGUCCACCGGGGGCCGCACUGUCCAGGAGAUCUUGGUUCCUGAGUCGGACCAUGGUCACAUCUUCACCCCAGAGUGGCUGAACGGACUCAACAAAGAGCGGACCGGCGCCCGGCUCCAGCGUUGCCUCCUGAUCAGUGACACUGGGCUGGUUCGGGCAGCCUGGGAGGAGGUGGUGUACCCACAGUUCAUCCACAAGCCCGGCAGUAUGGUGGGCAGCCUGGGCACGGCUGUGGACCCGGGCCUUCUGAUGCCAACAGCAGUAAAGGGUGACAUGCUUGAUCCACCUGAGGAUCCGAAACUGAGCGAGGAAAACAAACUGAAGAGCGAGCUUGAAGGAGAAUAUGUGGAGCUUCUGGAAGUUGGCAUCGAGGAGGGCAGGGUCCUUCCUGGAGAGCUGGACUCCAAACGCAGGUACCUGGAGGUCCACGGGAUCUCCAAAACCAAGACCAUGCCCCUUUGCAAAGGACAGAUUAAAGGAAAGAGCAGGAGGCACAAGGCCUGGCUUCACCACAGAACCACAGGAAAACACCCCCCUUGUGGCAUGGCUGCGAAGCAAACAGUAGGCAGCUCUGAGGAUUUCAAGAGCUCUGAGACCACCAGAGUAGAAACCACUCCAAAGCUGACCAACUUUGAGAAGUUCCAGGGUGAGAUGGUCUACGUUGACUGUUCCUCAGAAUCGGAAGGAGGGAUUUGUAUCCCUGCGAUCCCCGUUCCCUCAAGAGAAGAGAAAGCCAACCAAAAUCUGCAAGAGGACAACCUUAAGAAGGUCUCUUUAAAAAGUGUUGAAGGCUAUGACUGUACGUCAGGGGAGGACACCCAAAAGCUUUUCACGCAGUCAUUGACUCAGCUCGAUGAAGGUGUGGCCUCUCAGAGCCAAUCACUGAGCAGCGGUGCUGGAGCUAGCCAAUUAGAGGCUGAGGAUAGGCAACCAUCUGGUAAAGAACCAAAUAAACCAUGUGGUGUUGGAUCAUCUAUUCCUAAUGGGACAGAAUGUUCGAAAACAGAAAGGACUAAUUCAACUGUGCUCCCAUUGGCCAGCCAGGGAGAACAAAACCCGCAGCCAUUGGUCAGAACUGUAGAUCCCCAACCAGCUUUGGUUGAGAAUUAUGAGGAACCAUGGACUGGAUGUCCAGAAUCUGAAUGUUUAUUGGCUGAGGGAGAUACCAGUUAUGCUGUUAUUAAACACAAGGGGUCAGGUGACCAAAGUCUCACAGGAGCUAGUUUAUCAGACAAAUUAGUUCAGACAAGUUCCCAGGAAUCAACUGGCUGUAAGUCCAGUUCUAACCCUAAUUCUGAGCAGAACCCAGUUACUAGCAGAGUGGGGAGCAUGGAGGCCCAAAAGGAAGUACUAGACCAGGCCACAGGACCAGGCCAGGAGGCAGCAAAGCAGUCUGGGAUUGUGGAGGACAAAGCAACUGCAACCAAAGAGACCCAAAACAGAGCUCAUGGAACCAAAGGCCACAGGAGGAAGAGAAAAGGAAAAUCAGGGAAGGCUAAAUCCAGAUCCUCUGAACAGACUGGGAAAAGGGGAAAGGGUGCAGUGAAGGAGCGCUCCAAACCGUCCGGCAAUGAGGCCCCAGGAGAACGCUCAGACAUCAAGGCCACACAAACACCCCGUGCGACAGAGUCCUCUGCCCUGACCCCCGACCCAGCCGCCACUCAGGACAGCCAAGCUGAGGAUAUACAGCCACUCGGGGUCAGAGGUGAGCCUACACAGCUGCCCACUCUUCAAGACACACAGCAGCUGCUGGGCAUUCUGGAAUGUGACUGCACUGGGAACGAUUUAAAAUCCCAUGACAUUACGCAAACAGAGAUAGAGGAAAUGCCUCGCAGCACCGACAACCAAUCAGAACAAAGCUCAGCUGACCACCAAAUUAGCCGCACCCCAGAGGAAGAGGAGGAGGAGCAAGCUCCAGCAGACCAAUCAGGAGAUGACUCCCUCCAAGCUCCUCCUCUUCUGAAAGACCUGAACCCAGAGCUCCUUCAAUCAGGGGUGUUGACUCUGCCUGGUACCCGAGACAAGGCCGGGCGAGCCCUGGUUGUCAUGGAGACCCACAGCCCCUGCUGGCAGUAUCCAGUGGAGGAGAUUGUUCGCACCUUGUCCUGUUUCUACUCUCUCACCAGCAGUGAUGGUCUGACCGUGUUGCUGGACUCUCUCCAUGCUCGCCUCUCCCUGGACGCCUUCACUCCACUCCUCGCCUUCCAGGAGAAGGUUCCCAAUGCCAUUGGCAAGGUCCUGGUAUUAGUGGAGGAAGACUCAGCUGCUUGUGUGGAUACCCCUUCAGCUCUACAGGUGGAGCUGGUGCAAGGAGUGUUGUCUCUGCAGCUGCACAUUGAGCCCUCUCAGCUUCCUGACAGUCUAGGGGGGACCUGCACUCACUGUCACAGAGAGUGGCUCUCGUUUCAGCUGCGUUUGGAGUCCUUCUCCCAGUCCUGUCGAGGCGCGCUUUCUCUACUGGGAGAAGCACUGGGAACUCUGGACAAAAACCAGCUCCCAGACUCCACUCAGGCUGUCCAGGCUUGCGUAGAUGAUCACCAACUACUCAUGAAAACAGUGCUGGCAGAUGAGAGGUUAACCCAGCUCCAGAGAGAGGGCGGGGCUAUCCUGGCACACCUCUGCAGAGAGGCGGAGCAUUCUGCCCUCUCCCAGGACGACAGGGAUUCCCUCGCCGUGACCUUCGACCUCUACAACGGAGUGGACGAUGCUCUUCACCGAUUGGUCAGGCUCUCCAACGAGCGACUCCGCGACCUCGAGGAGCUGGCCAGACUGGGAACACUGGAGAACAAACUGGAAAAGGUCCUGUGCUGGGUCACAGAGGUGGGGGAGCCAGGGCUGGGGGGGUACAGAGACCUUGGUGACUCCCUGGAGCUACUGAGACGCAAACAGAGGGAAUUCACUGACUUCAGUCAGACUGCUGUGGUGUUCUGCAGGGACGGCUAUGAGGUCCUGCAGCAGAUUGAAUGCUGGGAUUCCUUCCCCUCUCCCAGGCUGCGGUUGAUUCAGGGGAAAGUUCCGGAAUCCCGGGAGAGGCUCCAGGACUUCUCCGCUCAGGUCGGGCAGUGCCGGAGCACCAUCGACAAGACCCUCCGUCUGUAUGAGUUCUUCAGCGAGGCGUACGAUUGGUCCCUGGAGGUUCUACGCCACCUCUCUCAGAUCUCCCCUGAGGAUUGCUCCUCCCCGACUCGCUGCGGAGAGGCCCUGUCCUGCCUCCAGCAAUGCUGCCGGCAUUUCCCGGAAAUUCCAGACUCCCGUUUCUCCGAGGCGCAGUCGGUGGCCAGGGAGCUCGACUCUGCUUCCUCAAACGCUCUUCAGAAUCACUGGACAUUUGCCAGGACCAAAUACAUGGAGACCCACUCUAUACUGCACCAAAGACUAGAGAGCGCCCAGAGGGCACAGCGGGCCAAACUGGGCGGCACUCCUUCCAGGAGCAUGAGUAACCUCUACCUGCAGAGCCAGCAUAAUGCCCUUCAGUCGUGGGGCUCCUUAGCCUCUCUCCAGCAGCCCUUCUUCCCUGAGCACACGUCCACUUUACGGGCUGAUGAGCUUUCCAGCCAGCAUAACCCUUGUGGAAGUGACUCUGCGCCCCCAUCUCCUUUCCCCUGGCUUGGGAACCCUUUGUCCAAAACCUCCUCCAGGUGGUAUCUCCAAGGCUUUCUGAAGGAGUCUUCUAAAGGCCCCGAUAACCCAAUUCCUGUUGUCCCAGCCAAACCCAACAGGAAAAGGAACCCCAGUUUUGAUUUUCAGGCACUCCUUGGCUCCAGACGGGCCUCUAAGGACACUGGGAAGGUGGAGGACCCUGGAAAAUCUCCUCUACUUUGGCUAGGGAGGACAGUAGUGGAGUCAAAGCCACGACAGACUGGAGUUCACAUCAAGGGUCUGGAGGUCAGCAGCACUGAGGUUGUGGACCAGACCUGCUCGCCCAAACAGCAUGUCCUCCUGGGCAGAACUGGGGCGCUUACACCCAGCACCCCCUGGGGGUGUACUCCACUGCUGGAUCGCAAAAAACAAACCAGCAGAGUGCUCCAGCUGGCGUCUGCGCUGGCGAGCUCAGAGCUGGAGUACGUGAGUGCGCUGCGUCACGUGGAGCAGCAGUACCUGCCCGAGGCAGAGCUGAGGGAACUCCCCCAGGACUUGAGGGGGAAAAGGGGUGUGCUCUUCGCAAACUGGGAGAAACUCACCGACUUCCACACGCACUACCUCCUCCCUGCCAUAGAGGGCGCGGUGAACCAGCCGCACAUGCUGGGGGACUGCUUCCUUAGACAUAAACAGCAGUUCGGCCUGUACUCUCUUUAUAUCAAGAACAAGCCCAGGUCUGAUGCUUUGCUAGCGAGCCAAGGCAGUGCUUUCUUUAAGCGAAGGCAGCAGGAGUUGAGGGACCCCCUGGAGCUGGGCCGGUACCUCCAAGCCCCAGUCCUGAGGCUGCAGCAGUACUGUGAGGUUCUGGAGGAGCUGGUCAGAGACUCUGGUCAGCAGAGCGCUCAGCACCAGAGUGUCCAGAGCCUGCAGUCAGCCUUGGCCAUGCUGAGAUUCACUGUGCGGCACGGGGAGGACCUGAGAGCCAGCGACUGCAUCACAGCGAGCGAGGUGAGUCUGUCGGAGCAGGGGCCCUUGUUGAGACAGGAUGAGUUCGUGGUCUUGGGAGCACGUAAGAAGGUCACGCGGCAGAUGUUCCUGUUUGAAGAGAUGCUGCUGUUCACCAAACACAAGAGCCACCAUGGAGGGAAGAGCUGCUACAUCUACAAGCACUCGGUCAAGACAGCUGAUAUAGGACUGACAGAGAACAUCGGCGACUCUGGCACUCGGUUCGAGAUAUGGAUUCGCCACUCCAAAUCCAGAGAAGCCUACAUUCUGCAGGGCAAGACUCCGGAGGUGAAGGAGACCUGGACCCGAGACAUUGCCAGGCUGCUGUGGAGGCAGGCCAUGAGAAACAAGGAGCUGAGGCUUCAGGAGUCUGUAUCCAUGGGCAUGGGCAGCAAACCUUUCCUGGACAUUCAGAGCAGCGCUGCCAACAUCUGUGACCGCAACCUGGACUACGUACUGAGUGGAAGAGGGUCCCGCAGUAGAGCGUCGGUGGCAGUCUCGUCCUUUGAUAGCGAGAGCCAUUUUAGGAGGAGCCCCUCCCCCCUGCUCUCCCUGGGACUGGGACCCCUAGACCUGCACCUCACCCAGCUUCCACCCAGCAUUCGCGAGGAGGAGGAAACAUAUACACAGAUGGCUGGCAGUUCUGGCUCCUCCUCUUGUGGGAGUGGUCAGCAGAGCCUGCCAGGGGUCGAGUCGGGGUCAGCGCAUGUCACAACACUUUCAAAUUCCUCCAGCUCUCAGUCUGGGAUGCAGAAUAAUGAAACUAUUGUAAGCCCAUCAACUGUGGUCUGACAGUCGUUCCAAACCUUCUGAAUAUCCACAAAAUGAGGAGAACACCCACAAUGCAUCUGGAGUGUGUGUAUGACGGACAGUUACCUACAGUUCAACUGGAAUGUCCAUAACACAACAUUUGGUACCCAGAAUGCACCUGCAAAGCCCACAACACAGCAUAGGUUCCCAGAAUGCAACUGGAAGGCCCACAGUACAAUGGGAAUUCCCAGAAUGCAACCGGGAAGCUCAUAACACAACAGAGGUACCCAGAAUGCAGCGGGAAUGUCAGCAACUAAUCGGAAGUACCCAGAAGCAAUGUCACGCUUACAUACGAGCGAGUAUUUCAACGGGACUGAACGAGGGAUAGGACAUCUCGAACCUUUCACAUGGCUGUAAGGUUGUAAUAAAUAAGCCUUGCAUUUGCACUCUGCCACAAAGGGGGUGUCCAGCAGAUGUCAGCUAACCCAGGCGUCUGUCUGCACAAUUACUAGAUACCCCGAAAAACAACUGGAAUCUCCAAAACACAGCAGAAGGACCCAAGCUGUAAAUGACCCAGGAUGCAAUAAUAUUUCUGUGGUUUAAAUGCUGCACUUAGAGGGUACGACAUGCAGGCUGGGUCAUUGUGUGUAUUUAUAAAAUAGGAUUUUCUAUAGUUAACAUAAAGUUUUCUGUGGACUAAGUAUUUAUAUCUCUGAGGUAUUAACCAAGACUUAUAGUGUAAUAAUGUGAUAUAUAUAUAUAAAACUAUACUGUAUGGAUUUCCAUGUAUAGCUCUCACAUGCAGACUUUAUAAAAACUGGACAAUUUCAACUAUAAGCAAUAAUUUAAUUAGCAAUAGUGUUGGUUUGUUACCUGCACAGAGUUUCAUCUGAGGACUUCAGUAUGCCUUCCUUCUCAGGGCUUCUUGACGACUAUGGGUUCAAAUUUCCUGCAACAUUGGGAAUGGCUAUCCACAUACUUAUCGAGAAUGUUUUUUGCUGUUUCCAAAGUUUUGAACACUUCAGCACAGCCAUAAUCAUUAAUCACUAAAUAGGUCGUUAGUGCCACCUUUUGAAACAGUACAAGAAGCAACUUGAAUGACAAACAACUUCAUUGAAGACAUUGAGAAGGGCUUCUUGUCGAAAUGUCUUUCAUUGAAUUUAAGUUUAUUUAGUAUUGUACACAUCCAGUACAGUAUAGGAGACUUAUUGGUAAUGUAUGUUCUAAACACCACCUACUGUUUAGAAGCGCUUAAUAUCAAGUACGAGCAAUAAUGUAAACUUACACUGAUCACUACAAUAUAAUCUGUUAUAGUGCAUAGUAGCAAUCUAAAACACACUAAUGUAAACCCACUCGUUUGUAAUGUAUUAUCUUUAGAUUAUUAUAAUCAUGUUGCGUGUGGCUUUUUUUUUGUGUGUGUUGUUGCCUAAAAUGGUUUAUUACUUGCGUCAUGUCGAAACUCCACUUUAUACAGAGAAUAAUUCAAUCUAUGUAAAACUAUAAUAAUUCUAUAUGCAAAUAUAUUUAAAUCUUACAUACUGCA